AUGUCUGAAGUCGUAAGUAAUAAGAACUAUAAGAAUGGAUACAGAAAUCGUAAAUUUAAAUCACAUAGUAAAAAACAACAAGGGCUAUUAGAAGAAGAAAGUAAAAUUGCAGUAACUUUUGAUAACAACAACAACAAUAAUAAUAACAAUAACAAUAACAAUAACAUUAAUAACAAUAAUAACAAUAAUAAUAAAAAUAUCUUUUAUAACUCCACUACUGUAGGUAAGAGAGAAAAUGGUAUAUUUAAUAAUAAAAGUUUAGAAACCGGCAUCAAUCAUACUCGUAAAAACAAGAAGGACUUGUAUAAGAACAAGAAUUUUUUAACUUACACAAACAAUACUGCAAGUAUUAGUAAUAGUCAUAAAAAAACUAAUGGAUCCUUGAAGACAUCGUAUACUAGGGAUUUUACAUUUAAGAAUCAAAAGGAACAACAAAAACCGUAUUGUCAUAUUGGAACUCAAACAGUGAAACCAAUUGAGUUACACAUAAAUAGAAUUUUCCAUCAAGGUUUUGAAUCACAGUACAGUCCCUCCUUAGGAGAAGAAACUAUUAGCUCCAAUAGUUUAUUUCAAGUUGAUGAAGAUAAUAUAAGGAUAAAUGAUGAGAUUAACUACAGAAGAAGUAGCAGAGAUAUAGUUAGUGUUAACUUCAGAAAAUGGUCAAAUGCUAGUACAUUAACCGAGGAUUGUCCAGUAAAUAUAAAUAUUCCUAACACUUUUCGGAAAUCCUCCUCCAUAUCCUCUAGUGCAACAAUCACAGAUACGUCAGCUACUGCAAACACACCUUUCUGUAACAACGGUGAUUUUUCAAAUCAAAAUAGAAUACUCCUUAAAGAUCCCUAUUUGGUUAAAGAGCCAUUAACCAUCGAAGAUUUAAACUUAACAGAUACAUUAAAGAUAAAAAGAGAUAUCAAAAGAUUGAAAAGUGCAAUUAAUAAUAAAAACAAUUCUGACACGUUUAUCAUAGAGAAUAAUACUGAUAUUGAUAAUUUACAGCGUAAUGAUAGUUUAACUACCAAUAUUAAUCACUAUGAAGACAACAACACACAUAGUAAAGUAGUAAUGGAUAUAUGGCUGGAUUAUCCAACAUGUUGUUAUAAUUCUUUGAUCAAAGAAUAA